CUCGUCAGUGUCCGUAGUUAAUGUUACAACCGUUGCCUAGAAACAGUUAUCAACAAAACACAGUAACGUUCUUUUACUGUCUAUGGUAACGUUAGCUAACUAAUGUUAGCUACCUAAAACAUUCAUAAGUAACGUUAAGGUGGAUACGAAGUGCGAGUCAUUUCAGCUGUCACAGAAGUUCCGUCUCAGUGUAUCCAACAACAACAAAAUGUCAGUACCUUUUUCCAACACUCACCUCCGGGUCCCGCGAGGAUUUGGUACCAUCCUGGAGGGGCUGGCCAGAGAAGUCCUGCGAGACCAGCCUGAAGAUAUCCCUAAAUAUGCUGCACAGUACUUCGAUGCUCUUCUCAAACAAAGAGAAGAUAGUGGCAUGGACCCUGCUGACUGGGCUGCUAAACUGGAAGAUAGAUUCUAUAACAACCAUGCAUUCAAGGAUACUGGGCCUUGUCCUGAAAAAGAGCCUGCAACAGAGGUGACCAUUUCCAAAGAAAAAUCAUAUGAGUCUCAACCUGAAGAUGAAUCCAGUCAUUCAGCAGAACCUUCAAAUGUUUCCACCACACAACCUAAUGUCUCUGAAGAGGUUGAUUUAACUGAAAACACAGAUGAAGAAGAAGAAGAAGAUGAUGAUGAUGAUGAUGGAGAAGAUGAAGAAGAAGAAGAAAAACAUGAAAUAACAGAGAAAGGUGUUAUUUCAGUGGGAAAGGGACAUUCAGAAGACAAAUCAGUCAACUUGAUCCCAGCUGCAGAUGUACAGCCAGAUGAGCUGAGUGGGACAGAGGAGGAGAAAGACCCAACAAUAACGACAUGUGAUCAAGUUGAUAGGGCAGCUAAUAGAAUGGAUAGCAGCUCUGCUCCAGACCAAGAUAUAUCUCAGUCUGAGCUAGAGCCCACUGACUUGUUAUCAUUCAGAGGGAUUUCAAAUUUAGAUGUGUGUGCUCAGGAGUUAGGAAUGGCAGAAGAUGAGGGAGGUGAUGAACAGGAGAUUGUAGUUGUCAAUGAGGAGAUUGUAGUCUCAGAAGAAGAGGAAAAUGCUGACGUUGAAGAACCUGUGGAGGUCUUUCCAUAUUCUGAUGUUAAUGUGUGUGCUACAGAGCUCAGAGGAACAGAAAGAACAAUGGAAGGAGCCACUGCUGAAGAUGAUACACAUGUCAUUGAUGAGGACAGCUCAAAACCCCAACCUGAGGAAACUUUUGCACAAUCAUUGUCUCAAUCUGAAACCCGUGAGGGCAAUCAACAAGAAGCAGAAGAUCAGAUAGAAAAAACAAAGGAGGAGGAAGGACCAGAGACUGAGCCUUCUUCUGGGGGAAUACAUGAAAGUUUAGCUCCUGUAGAGGGUGAUUUAGACAGUAAUGUUAUAGCAAAGGAGGAUUCAUUGGUUGAGAUUAGCUUUGAAGAUGUUCCAGAUGUUCAGCAGAUUCAAGAGGUUGAGGAGAAACAGCUAGAGGAAGAGGGCUCAGUAGAGGUCUUACAGGCUAAGGUAUUAGAAACACAACAGGAGGAAGAGUGGAAAGAGACUACUGCAUUGGCAACAGACCAAAACAUAUCUAGCACACUAGACCAUGAUGAACCUGAAAUGAUUGGAGUUGAAAAGGAAGUUAACUCUGAAGGGGGGGAAAUGAAAAGUCAGCACGAAGCAUCUGAUAUAAUGACGGAGAUGGUGGACACAAAUGAUUCUAAUUUAAAUGAUAGUGAUGAUGAUGAGAAGCACGAAGGUGUUAAAACCAUCAGCUCAGCAUCACAUCAGCCCACCGACGAGACAGACGAAGAGAACCCAGAGGAUGAAACGGAUCACGAAAAUGAAGAUAAUGAGAAGAUAAGUGACGGCGAAUUUCACCAAAAUGAGGAUUCUGAAAAAGAGGAAAAAUCAAACAACCCUAACUUCAAAGAAGAUGAGACAACAGACACGGUUGGAGGAGACAAAGAGGACGUACAUACAGAAGGAUAUAGUAUGGUGGAGGAUCAAGAAAUUGAUGAUGGUGGCGUGGAAAAUCCCUCAUCACAAGUGAGCCAGUCAAAUAUAUCAACUGCUGCAAUGGAGAUGGAGAGUGAAACUUUAGAGACAAGUGCACAACAUCUACCAAAGGAGAACGAGGCGAGUCAGAGAACACCUGUAGAGUCACAGCCAGAGGAUACAGUGAUAGAAAAAGAGGUCACAUCAAAGGAGAGAUGUUUAGAAGCAGAGGAACGUGUAGAAGAAGGAAAGGUUGAAAUACAAGAGAAGAGUGAUGCAGUGUGUGAAGAGGGACGCAUCAGCCCCGCUCAAAGUGUAGGUCGGCCGGCUGCAGACCACCAAGGAGAGGAGAGGCCACUUGGGUCUGGAAAGGACUCCACAGAGCCUGAAGGCAAGAGUGGUGACAAGGAGGAGUGCAGCCGGCCCCAGGAGGAGGAGGACAUCAUGGACAUCCCCCUGGAUGACCCCGAGGCCAACAGGGCUGCUGCCAAAAUCCAGGCUGGCUUCCGUGGACACAUGACCCGUAAGAAGAUGAAGCCAGAGGACAAAGCAGAAGGGGAGGAGGUGAGCAGCACUGGGGAUGUGCUCAACGGCAGCGAGGGGGGCACAGAGACAGGAGGAUCGGGGGCAGUAGAGAGUGACGACACAUCUGUGCCAGAGCAGUGACGCCUCUGUCCUGACCUGGAUGAAGAGAAAGAGGGGAAGCAAGGUAGCGAGAGAUGGCUGAUAUAAGCUGGCUGGGCUGGCUUUCAGGCACACCUUUUUACCCCAGGAGUCUUUUUUUUCUUCUUCAACACAAAUUAGCAGUAGAGAAUGAACCGACAGUUUUGAGGGUGUGUUAUGUGAAUUUUUGUGAACUUUAACACUCCUUUUCUGCUUCUUCAGCAGUCUCAUCAGUUCGGAUGUCUUUGACCCAGAAUUUGCAACUCACUGCAUGUACUUGUGAAACUUCUGGUAGUGUGCUAGUUUUAGAUGAUGAUCUGUGAAUGUGAUAAAUGAAUGUUCUCUAAAUGCUAAACAGGGCUUAUUGUUGGAUGGAUCAGUUCAUACCAUCUGUGUAUAAACCUUGUAAGCAUCCGCUUUAGACUUUGCGUAUUUAGUGGCUAAAAUUAUUUAUUUUGCAUUGUUAAUGAUGUGCUUGUAUCUUGACUUUUAUUUACCUAUUUGACUUGCUUACAAAAAUUAUUAAAACAUCAGAGAGGAGAAGUAGCUAUGUAUGUUCUAUUUAUUCUAAGUUACUUAAUUCAGAUUGCACCUCAAUUUUCUUUUUGAUCACAUGAUAAGUACAUUCUCUUUUCACCUAUUCAAGCAUUUUCUAUAAAUCUGAUCUUCCAGAACAGUAAGCAUGCAGUGAUUACACUUUUUUUUUCUGCAGAUGCAUUUGGUACAGCUUUCCUUUGAGACAUUACUUCAAUAUGCUCUGUUGUUGUGUUGGUGGAUUUGACUUGUUUGACGUGUGUUAAAUCAGGUGAGUGAAAUGUAUUAUCAUAGUUUGCAGAGUCGUCAUGCUAACUAAAUGAAUAGCACCUAGCUGAACUUUGCUGUAGAGUCAUGUCAUUACACUAAUAAAUCCACCUUAAAUACACA